UGAAAUCGGUGGGAGGUAAGAUAUGGCGGAGCGCAACAAGAUGAGCGGUUUAUAAAAUGUGUGAAAUGAAUGUUGUGGAGCAGCUGCAACCCAUUUUCAAAUUUCAUUUUCAAUUUGAUCCGUCUUCUCUCUCUCUCGUAGUCGUCGCCUUAACUUUCUCCGGGUAAGAGGGAGUAGAAUCGGCGUUUCCUCCUCUGUUUCUUCUUUUUCCUUUCCUCUUUUUGGAUGUUUCCGUUCGAUUGAGUGACAACCGACAUGGUAGGACCUUCCAGACCUCAGUUUGUUCUUUUUGGAUCUUCCAUUACUCAGUUCAGCUUCUCCAAUGGCGGUUGGGGUGCUACUCUCGCCGAUGUUUAUGCCCGCAAAGCUGAUAUUCUUCUCCGAGGGUACUUAAGUUGGAACUCUCGGCGUGCCAUACAGGUUCUUGAUCAGAUUUUUCCAAAGGAUGCUGCUGUACAGCCUUCUUUGGUAAUAGUUUAUUUUGGUGGUAAUGAUUCAAUGGGUCCCCAUGCUUCGGGCCUUGGCCCUCAUGUACCACUUCCUGAAUACGUCGAUAACAUGAGAAAAAUUGCUACUCAUAUCCAGAGCCUUUCAGAUGAAACACGCCUUAUCUUUCUAACCUGCCCGCCUGUGAACGAAACCAAAGUUCGUGAAUCUCACAGCAAGUUUCUGAGUGAACUGGUGAGAACAAAUGAAUUGUGCAAAGCAUAUUCUCAAGCUUGUAUAAAACUGUGCCAAGAAAUGGAUAUAAAAGUGGUUGAUCUUUUUACUGCCAUCCAGCAACGAGACGAUUGGAUGAACGUUUGCUUCACAGAUGGGAUUCAUUUGUCAGCUGAAGGAAGCAAAGUAGUAGUGGAAGAGGUUAUGAAAAUCCUCAAGGAAGCUGAAUGGAAGCCAUCUCUAUUCUGGAAGUCCCUUCCGACAGAAUUUGCAGAAGACUCGCCUUACGAUCUCGUUACAGCCGAUGGCACGAAAACCCUCAACGGGUCCGAUUGGGUCAUUCACCGAGACACUAUGUGGGACUAGUUUUGUCAUCAACAUCCAUUUCAUUGCCGCCCAUUGCAGCUGUCUUACAGAAAUCACUUGCUCAGCUCAGCAAUGGCAGGCAUGCAAGAACUCCAUUGAAGAACGAAGGAAUUUUGAAGUGUGCAGUACUUAAAUCUUUCAUUGUUGCAAUAACAAGCAGCAGAAAAUUUUGAUCUAUGUGAAACCAGAAAUUAGGAAUAAGAUCUUCAUAAACUUGUUAGAAACCUAUUUUUACGCAUAUUAGCUCUCCAUUAUAUGAAAUUUAUUUGCCGACUAUGACAUUAUAAUCCAAAAAAAA